AUGCAAAAGAAUAUUAUAAAAUAAUUAAACAUAAAGUAGGAAGAUAAAAAGCAGGACAAAUAGCUAGCAUAAUGGAAAUAGAUGUAAGAAUAAAACAAAUUAGAAUAUGAUAACAUCAUAAACAAUAAAGAAUCUUAUCAAAAUAUAAGAAGAAUUAAAAAUAGAAGAAAAAUAAUAAAGACCUUGAAAAAGAUCACAGAAAUAAAUUAUUAGCAACUUUGGCUAUUAUAAUCUUAAGAAAUACCAGAUUUUAAAAGAUUUUAAAGAAGAAGAUAGAGAUGAUGUCAAAUAAAGAAAGAAGGAUAAUAAAGAAAAGAAAAAGGAUAAGGAAGGAAAAUUAUAAAGAGAUAGAUACAAAUCGUAUAAUAAUGCGAUCUCAUUUGAUUAGGGGAGAUUAACAGAUAUAAUGACAAUUUGGAAUAAAUACAAAAACAAUAGCAACAAUGCUAUUUAAUAUUUGUUUUAAUGAAUA